AUGUCCAACGUCGAUUUAUCCAGUGACGGCUUCAUUGGCCUAGACUACGACUCUAGGAACUAUCUCCAGGCGACGCAAUGGCCCGUGGCAGUGGAUCACCAGCCCUCCCAGAGACCCGAUGGAUCGCGAGAUAUCUCGCCCUUACAAACCAGCGGUCACGCCUAUGAUCAGUCGGUAGUCCAAGACCCUAACUUGAUCGUCGACUGGCAAUUCCACGGGCAGCACUUGCAACCCCACCUUCAGUACACUCAAGAGGAAGCGUCGUCCGCCCCUCAGUACGCUACCGCCAGCUAUGGCAUGCCCCUCCACUCUUCACCCGUGGAUCUGAUGCCCCCAACCCAUGACCAUAUGAGCACGAGCCUGUUGGAUGGGCCCUACUUGUCGCUGUCCGCACCAGUGGAGAUGGUGCCAUUUCCCUAUCAAGACUUCCAGGCCGACCUCAUGGGCUUCACGGCCCCCCAUGGUCUUCCGGAUAUGACAUAUGCGGCGCCGCACAAUCUGCUUGAGAGCAGCUCACCGACCGACACCUAUCUAGAGGUCCGGUCUCUGACUAGUUCAAGCAGCGACAACGGUUGGAAUACCAUCGAGACCCGGCGCCCUCACGAGUUCACCUAUCCAGAUCAAUUCUUCAUCAAUCCUACGCAGACGCUACACGACAGAAGCUUGUCGGAAUCUUCCUACUCAACGUCUUACGGCAGUUUUGUUGAGAUCACCAAUCCGAUCAACUCUCCUGGCUCUGACACCAACUUCGAUGCGGCUUUCAACAACAGCCUGACCCGGCGUGUGUCCUACGACCACACUUCGCACGGUUCAGUCUCGCCCACGGCAGUCAGCCCUGUGAACAUUGUACGACCCGUUCCGGUGCCUUCGAAGAAGCCGACCUCUCCGCGAUCGGCCGCCUCGCAGUCAUCUUCUGCUUCACCCCCGAGCAGAAAGCCUUCUCGCAAGAGCCCGAUUGCUGCGAAGACCGCCGAGACCAAGGUCCGGAAGCAAACGCAGAAUGGAAAGCCGGAGACCACCGAGAAGCGAAUCGGCAAGCGCAAGGGUCCGCUCAAGCCCGACCAGCGGAAGCAGGCCAGCGAAAUACGGAAGCUGAGAGCUUGCCUGCGUUGCAAGUUCCUCAAGAAGACUUGUGACAAAGGUGAACCUUGCGCCGGUUGUCAACCGUCUCAUGCUCGCCUGUGGCAGGUUCCCUGCACCCGCAUUGACAUCAAGGAGAUUGGGUACUUCAUGAAGGACUGGAAAGCAGACUAUGAGCGCCACAUCUCCCUUGGAUUCUCGGUGGGGAACAUCAAGGGUUUCUCAGAACACGAGACAACCCUCUUCAUCACUCACGGUUAUGGUCAGAUUCUCCCGAUCAACGCUCGUGAGGUGUAUGUGCGCGACGAGCAAUGCUUUAGCGUUGACUGGGUCGAGAGCAUGCACCGAGAGCCUACUCAGUUCGAGGUUGAAACUGCCAAAUUGUCUGCUGGAAUGGAGGGUAUCUCCCACGCUAUGCUUUCCGAAUAUCUCGAUCGCCACAUCGAUGGUAACGGUACCUUUGAGAAGUUUGUCGACGACUACUUCGAGGGCACGCCUUUCUUGACACAGAUGCUGAAGACCGCUUUCCGCUACUAUUACCGCACCAAGCUGCCGGUCAUUCGCAAGGCCUUGAAACUCAUCAUUGCCUACAACCUAACGCUCCACGUGACUAUGGUUGAAGGUCUAGGUGAGGAGCAAUGCAUGCCUGGAAAGAUCGAUUCAUCAACAUCUAGGUUUAAGGGCAAGACGAUGGCCCCAGUUAUGAUCAAUUUCCAAAUCAAGUGUGCUAUGGCAAACAUGUGGCGCGAGUUGCAGAAGGAUGUGUUGGAGGAGCUAUCAAGCCUCUACUCUAGCGUCUACAGCGGCGACAAGUUGAAGAACUGGCCCACCAUCUUCAUCCUGGCCUCAAUCCUUCUCGCGGUCUGGGAGGAAAUGCAAUUUGACUGCCACUACCGUACUCCAGAACCUGCUGCAGUGGAGAAGUUCUGCAACGAUAUGGAGACCACCCCAGUUGGCGUCAUUGUUGGCCUCUUCCAGGCGAUCUCACAGAAGCUUCCCGCCUUUACGGACUGGGAGACCACGAAACACCACCACUUGCUGCACUCGAACCCUGAUGUGUGUACGACGAUGACUGAGGUCCGCCAGCACGUGACUCAGUUUGAGAGCUAUCUUCGUGGCCGGUCCGGCACCAAGUUCAACCGCAACGACUUCGAUUGUUUGUCGAACAAAUUUGUUUCAAGACUUGUGAUUCGUGCGAAUUAG